UCCCGGCCCCGGGGAGCAAUGACAUCACGCGGCCUGCUCGCGGCGCCGACACAAAGAGCCGCGCCGAGUGGCCGCUGCGGGGGGAGCCGGCGGCCGCCGCUGCCGCCCGGGCCCCGGGGCCCCGCCGGGCCGGCCCACCGCCCGCAGCCCGCGCCCUUCCUCUUCUUCUUCCUCCUCCUCCUCCUCCUCCUCCUUCUCCUCCUCCUCCUCCUCCUUCUUCUCCUCCUCCUCCUCGGCCGCCGCCCGCGCCGCCCGCGCCUCCCGCGCGCUGCUGAGCCCGCGCCCGGCCGCGCCGGCCCCUUCCCAUGCGGGCGGCGCGGGCCCUGGGAGGGGCGCCCGCAGUCAGCCGCGCAGCAUGCACUGGGGGGUUGGCUUUGCUUCGUCCAGGCCGUGCGUGGUGGAUCUGAGCUGGAACCAGAGCGUCUCUUUCUUCGGCUGGUGGGCCGGGUCCGAGGAGCCCUUUUCCUUUUAUGGGGACAUCAUCGCUUUCCCUUUGCAGGAUUACGGUGGGAUCAUGGCAGGGCUGGGCUCCGAUCCCUGGUGGAAGAAAACCCUUUACUUGACCGGGGGAGCUUUGCUGGCCGCAGCUGCGUAUCUGCUCCACGAACUCCUGGUCAUUAGGAAACAGCAAGAGAUUGACUCCAAAGAUGCUAUUAUUUUGCAUCAGUUUGCAAGACCUAAUAAUGGUGUCCCCAGUUUGUCUCCUUUCUGUUUGAAAAUGGAAACUUAUUUAAGGAUGGCUGACUUACCCUAUCAGAACUAUUUUGGUGGAAAACUCUCCGCUCAAGGGAAAAUGCCUUGGAUUGAAUAUAAUAAUGAAAAAGUUUCUGGCACAGAAUUCAUAAUUGACUUUCUGGAAGAGAAACUUGGAGUUAAUUUAAACAAAAACCUCGGCCCUCAUGAAAGAGCCAUCUCCAGAGCAGUGACCAAGAUGGUGGAAGAGCACUUCUACUGGACCUUAGCUUAUUGCCAGUGGGUGGACAAUCUCACUGAGACCCGGAAGAUGCUCUCCCUUAGUGGUGGUGGUCCCUUCAGUAACCUGCUGAGGUGGGUCGUGUGCCACAUAACGAAAGGAAUUGUGAAGCGCGAGAUGCACGGCCACGGCAUUGGCCGCUUCUCAGAGGAGGAGAUUUACAUGCUGAUGGAGAAGGACAUGCGGUCUUUAGCAGGGCUUUUGGGUGAUAAGAAGUACAUCAUGGGCCCCAAACUUUCCACUCUGGAUGCCACUGUCUUUGGACACCUGGCACAGGCAAUGUGGACCUUACCUGGCACAAGACCUGAAAGGCUGAUCAAAGGCGAGCUGAUCAACCUGGCCAUGUACUGUGAGAGGAUCCGGAGGAAAUUCUGGCCAGAGUGGCACCACGAUGAUGACAACACCAUCUAUGAGUCUGAGGAGAGCAGCGAAGGCAGCAAAACCCACACGCCCCUGCUAGAUUUCAGCUUUUACUCAAGGACAGAGACCUUUGAAGAUGAGGGUGCGGAGAACAGUUUUUCCAGAACCCCCGACACGGAUUUCACAGGACGCUCCCUCUUUGAUUCUGAUGUGGACAUGGAUGACUACACAGAACAUGAACAGUGCAAGUGACUGACUGUUGCCUUGCUGAUUCUUGUCUGCUGGAGCUGCCACUCCUUGGGAUUCCAGUUUCCCAGGUAGAAAACCAUAGAGCUGGGAGAAGGUCUUCGUGCUUAACACACCUCUCUCAAGCCCAGUGGACCGACUAUAGCAGCCUUCUUUCUUUCUUUUUUCUUUUUUUCUUUUUGUACAAAUGAAAUACAGAACCAUUCAGAUGCUCCAUUGAAAACAAAUAGGAAAAAAAAAAAAGAACCACAAAAACCACCCACGUCAGCAUGGUUCCUGAAAUUCAUUUUGUUUUCAUUAGAAAACUAAUAUUGUGAGGAGGCAAAAUGAGCAGGUCAUCCUGAGCGCUGAUGGGGAUCCUCUUCAACCUGAGGGCAAGAUGGAUUUUUUAACAUCCUUUAUCCACUGGGAUUGGAAGUGAUGAGGGAUAUCAUCAGAAAAAAAAAAGUAGGACAUUAAUGUUUCAGGGUGGUUGCUUGUAUUUUCUGUGUGUAAUAUCGUUUGUUGAGAUAGAAAUAAAAUAAAAAUCCAGUUCAGCGAACACCUGCUAUGUGCAAUGCACUAUGCUAGGUGCUAAUCAG